GAUACAAUGGCUAGAGAUCAAUAUAAAUUUAUAGAGUUAUUUGUUCCAAUAUUAUAGGAAGGAGGGACAAAUCUGUUUCCUUUCAUUCAUUCGUUUUAUCUGUUGGACAAGAAGACACCGUGCAAAACCUUUCCCCUUUCUAUCUCAGAUUCUCAGGAACGCGGGUUGUCAAUUAGGGGUGUUGACCCAAUAAGGAAGCUUCGUUGUUGGUCGCUGUACAGGGGGAGAAUCGGGCUGUCAAGAACAUUUGGCAGCCCGAUUACUUUGAAUAAGUUUAAACAUUCGGGUGGUUCUCAUUCUGAUUUUGGGCUGUCUGGCUUUGGUUAUAUGUGAGGUUUGGUUGGUAUUGGUAUGAGAGAUUUUGAGCUGUUUUUCCAAUAUGGGUUCCUUGUCCGGAAUCUUUCAACGACCUCUGGUUGCGGCGGCUGCCGUUGCUGUAGCUUCUUUUUCUGCUGAUCUUUCUGAUAAACUGCCAUUUCACAGAUCUUCUGAUACCUGUUCUACGUCAGGUUUAGUGAAUUCGACAACUUGCGAUUCCUUGCAAGAAUCAAAGCUAUCAUGGGUUUCUCAUAUCUCGGUUUCUAAGCUUUCCAAUUUGUCGUUUGUGACUAGAAUUCGAGUGCCCGUUCCUAACGUUAACUUCCGGGUUCCUGGUUCAGGCCAGGAUUUUGUUCCCAGCUUGGUCUACUCUUCUGUUGCUUCUUCUCCGCUUCUUCUUAAUUUGUAUCAGUCUGCAGAUUUGGCAAAAUCUCCAAAGCCAACUGCGUAUGGGCAGACUAUAUCUACCUCGCCCUCUGAGGUUAUGUAUAGAUGGCAUUUACCGGAGCCAGAUGCCAUAGAUGUUUCAGGUACGUCUGAGUGUUCAUCAGCAAAGUCUAGAACAGUGGUGGUUUUGCUUGGAUGGUUGGGAGCGAAGCAGAAACAUCUUAAUAGAUAUGCAGAAUGGUAUGCUUCGAGGGGGUUUCAUGCCAUUACUUUUACUUUUCCAAUGGCUGAGAUUCUCAGUUACCAGUUUGGUGGGAAAGCUGAAGAGCAUAUAGCCUUACUUGUGAACCAUUUGGCUGAUUGGUUGGAAGAGGAGCAUGGAAAGAACCUGGUGUUUCACACCUUCAGCAACACUGGAUGGUUAACGUAUGGGGUCAUUUUGGAGAAGUUUCAGAAACAGGAUCCUUCUUUAAUAGGAAGGAUUAGGGGUUGCAUUGUAGAUUCUGCACCAGUUGCAGCACCUGAUCCGCAGGUCUGGGCUUCAGGUUUCUCUGCGGCUUUUCUAAAAAAGCGUAGUGUUGCAACAAAGGGAAGUAUUAGCUCAAAUGAAUCAGGCAUGGAGGUAUUAGUUGGCAGCAAUCAAGCUAUGGAACUUAAACCUGCAGUGACUGAAGCAGCUUUGCUAGUAGUUCUUGAGAAGUUCUUUGAGGUGGUUUUGAAUCUUCCAACAGUUAGCAGGAGGCUUUCUGAUGUAUUGGGCAUGUUAUCAUCUGGGCAACCAAGCUGUCCACAGUUAUACAUCUAUAGCUCUUCGGACAGAGUUAUUCCAGCAGGUUCCGUGGAGUCAUUCAUAGAGAAGCAGCGGAAGGCUGGGCGUGAGGUCAGGGCCUGCAACUUUGUGUCCACGCCUCAUGUUGAUCAUUUUAGAAAUGAUCCGAAACUGUAUACUCUGCAGCUGACCCAGUUUUUGGAGGAUUGCGUGCUUACUUGUUGCAAGCGUUCUCCAUAGUCAAGCUCAUUCUGUCACUAACCAUGAAACUUAAAUUUCUUUUUUAACCUCAAUUUUUACUUAUUACAGCUCAUAACUUAUUCAUUCACAUUGAUGUAGAGGUUGCUGAAAGCAAUCGAAAGUAGUUUUAGCUUUCUGUUCUUCUUUACUUUGUACUGUACAAUGUAAAAAACAAAUACAUCAACAGGUUUAUGUCUCUCA